UUAAAUACAGAAAGCGCGCGCACCCACUGACACACACACACACACACACACCUUACCCGGUUGCGCUCCAAAUUUUGGAUAGAAAAGGAGCCCCACGGCAGGACUAUUCGCUUAGCUACGGUCGCGACACCGGCAAAGGCCCGACUGCUUAAAAUGUGGAUGUUGUAUGAAUUAUGGCCAAUGGAACGGGAACAAUUAUGCUGAAAUGCGUGGUGGUUGGAGACGGCGCUGUGGGCAAAACUUGCCUUCUGAUGAGCUACGCGAACGACGCCUUCCCGGAGGAGUACGUCCCGACAGUGUUCGACCACUACGCGGUGAGCGUCACAGUCGGAGGGAAACAGUACCUGUUAGGCCUUUACGACACGGCAGGGCAGGAAGACUAUGAUCGUCUGAGGCCUUUAUCAUAUCCAAUGACGGAUGUCUUUCUCAUCUGCUUCUCCGUGGUCAACCCAGCCUCGUUUCAGAAUGUGAAAGAAGAGUGGGUGCCAGAGCUCAAAGAGUAUGCGCCAAGUGUCCCGUUUCUACUCAUAGGAACCCAGAUUGACCUGCGAGAUGAUCCCAAAACCAUUGCAAAACUCAACGACAUGAAGGAAAAGCCAAUUGUCUUAGAGCAAGGGCAGAAACUGGCUAAGGAGAUCGGUGCCUACUGCUAUGUGGAAUGCUCUGCUUUAACACAAAAAGGCCUGAAGACUGUUUUUGAUGAAGCCAUAAUUGCCAUCUUAACCCCAAAGAGAAAUGCCCUGAAAAAGAGACUAGGCUCCAGGUGCAUAAACUGUUGUCUAAUUACAUGAGAAAUGGGGAGUGAAGAAGAAGUAGAAGAAACUGCAAAGCAAAAGGAAGUGCCAAACAGAGCCUCCGAGUCGGGCUGUGAUUUUCAAAGAGCUCUGUGCUUGACCAGUGCAUUCUGUACCGCUUUUCAAAACCCCUUGCCCACACCCCCCCCAACUCUACAAUUCAA